AUGGAGUUCGUUGCCAAGAUGGGAGAAGCAUUUCUCUCUGCUUCUGUGCAGACCUUACUCGACAUGAUUUCCUCAAGCGAGUUUCGAGAUUUCAUGAAAAAUAGAAAGCUCAGUGUCUCUCUCUUGGAUGAGCUGAAGAUAACUCUGUUGAUGCUUGGUGCUGUCCUGAAUGAUGCAGAGGUUAAACAGAUCACCAGUCCUGCAGUUAAGGAAUGGCUUGAAGAGUUGAAAGAUGCUGUCUAUGAUGCAGAGGAUUUAUUAGAUGAGAUCAACACAGAGUCUCUCAGAUGCAAGGUGGAGCAAGAUUCACAAAACGUCGCUAACAAGGUGCACUCUUUCCUUUCUUCUUCUUUUGGUCAAUCUAACCGGGAGGUGAACUCCAAGCUGCAAGCAGCAUCCCGAAGGCUUAAGCACUUCGCCAAACAAAUGGGUAUCCUUGGUUUGCAAAGUGUUAGCUUGAGAGCGCAUAAAACACCCACAACGUCAUUGGUAAAUGAAUCUGUUGUGGUUGGCAGAGAGGAUGAUAAGGAGAAACUAUUGAAAAUGCUUUUGUGUGAUGAAGAUCCAAAGGGUAAUGCUUUAGGAGUGAUCACAAUAUGGGGUAUGGGUGGCCUCGGUAAAACUACCCUUGCUCAACUCCUUUACAAUGAGAACAAGGUGCAAGAGCAUUUUGAUUUGAAGGCUUGGGCUUGUGUUUCAGAUGAUUUUAAUGUUUUUGAGGUGACCAAGAAUCUUGUUGAGUCCAUCACCUCAAAAGUCUAUGAUAGUAAAAAUCUAGACUUUCUUCGUGUUGAAUUAAGAAAUAGCUUGAGCAAUAAAAAGUUUUUGAUUGUGUUAGAUGACCUAUGGAAUGAAAAAUACAAUGAUUGGGAUGAUCUCAUAACUCCCUUUCAUAGUGGAAGAAGGGGAAGCAAGAUCAUUGUAACAACUCGUCAACCAAGAGUUGUUGAAAUCACACAUACAUUUCCAGAACAUAAAUUGAGUUGCCUUUCUGAUGAUAACUGUUGGUUUUUACUCUCUAAACAUGCAUUUGCAAAUGUAGAUCCAAAGAAAUAUCCAGAGCUAGAAGCAAUUGGAAGGAAAAUUGCAAGAAAAUGUGGUGGCCUACCGAUUGCUGCAAAAACAAUAGGAGGUCUUCUGCGUUCAAAAGUGGAUGCAAGGGAAUGGAAUAAAAUUCUGAAUAGCAACCAGUGGGACAUACCAAAUGAUGAUGUUAUGCCUGCUUUGCGUUUGAGUUAUCUAUAUCUUCCAUCACAUUUGAAGAAGUGUUUUGCUUAUUGCUCAAUUUUCCCUAAAGAUCUUGUGCUAGAUAAAAAGAAAUUGGCCUUGUUAUGGAUGGCUGAAGGCAUUGUGCAGCAACAAUCCCAUGGGGAGAAGACAUUUGAGAUUGAAGCAGAAGAGUAUUUCAAUGAAUUGCUAUCUAGGUCAUUCUUUGAACAAUAUGGUGGUAAUUCAAAAAAGUUUGUCAUGCAUGAUCUCAUUAAUGAUUUAGCGAAAUUUGUAUCCGGCAAGAGAUGUGUUCAAUUUGAGGGAAAUGAAGUCCCAAAAUCUAUACGACAUUUAUCGUUCUCCUUAAAAGAAUAUAGUCGGUCUGAAGAAUGUGAGAGCUUUUGCCAUAUAAAUAGUUUGAGGACUCUUCUAUCGCAAAAUGAAUUGAAAGGCUGGUCACCAACAUGUGUUUUGACCAAAAAAGUGCUCCAUGAUUUGUUGACAAAACUGAAAUGUCUAAGAGUAUUGUCCUUACCAAUGUACAAAAACAUUGUUGAGGUACCAAUUUCAAUUGGUAAUUUGCAACUUCUGCGGUAUCUCAACCUUUCCCACACUUCAAUCAAAAAGUUGCCUGAUGUAGCCUUUACACUUUACAACUUGCAGACAUUGCUUUUAUCAAAUUGUCAGUAUUUUAGUGAACUAUCAGAAAAGGUAGAAAAGCUCAUUAAUUUACGUCAUCUGGAUAUUAGCGGAACUGCUUUGAAGGAGAUGCCCACACAAGUUACAAAGUUACAAAAUCUUCAAAGUUUGAGUACCUUUAUUGUGGGCAAACAGCCGAAUGGAUUGGGAAUUAAAGAGUUGAAAAGGCUCUCUUGUCUACAAGGUAAACUUUCCAUUUUGAAUCUGCAAAAUAUUGUUGAUUCUAUGGAUGCUUUGGAGGCAAAUUUGAAGAAUAGAGAAAAGAUAGAGGAGUUAGUGUUGGAAUGGGAUUGUGAUGCUAAGGAUUCACAAACUGUGAAAAAUAUACUCAACAUGUUGCAACCUUCAACAAAUUUGAAGAGAUUGACCAUCAAGCAUUAUGGAGGCACUAACUUUCCUGAUUGGGUGGGAGAUUCAUCAUUCACAAAUAUUACUUUUUUAUGGGUGACUGAUUGCAAUAAUUGUCUUUUGCUCCCACCAUUUGGAGAACUACCUUCUCUCAAAGAGCUCUUGAUUAGUGGAAUGGGAUUAGUGCAUACAGUUGGACGUGAAUUCUAUUGUAGCAAAUCGGAGAGCUCUUCAUUUCAGCCAUUUCCAUCCUUGGAGAUUCUCAUAUUUGAAAAUAUGCCUAUUUGGGAGCAAUGGAUACCGUUUGAAGGUGAAGGUUCCAAAUUUCCUUUCCCCCGACUCAAAAGUUUGAGUUUGUGUGAUUGUUCUAUGCUGAGGGGAGACAUGCCCCACAACCUUCCAUCAUUGACAAAGGUUUCUAUAUCAAAUUGCAAACAAUUGGAGGCAAAAUCAAUAGCUUUGCAGUGGAUUACAUCUAUUCAAAAAUUACACAUUAAGCGAGGUGAACAGGGGUUAUUAAGAGUAGUUGAUGAUUUAUCUCUAGACUCUUUGGAGUCUCUAACAAUUAAGAAGUGUGAUAGCUUGCAAUCUUUGCCAAGAAUGAUAAUGAGUAGCCAUUGUCUUCAAAAGUUGUUCCUAAAAAAUAUCCCAUUGAUCAUGUCCUUCCCAAUUGACGGUUUGCCUACUUCUUUGCAACGUCUUGAAAUUGAAAAUUGUGAGAAAUUAGAGUUCCUACCUCAGGAUUCUUGGCAAAACUACACAUCACUUGAAGAACUGAGUAUUGAUAAUAGUUGUCCAUCCUUGAAAUCUUUUCCAUUAGGUUGUUUUCCCAAGCUUAAAUGGCUUAGAAUUUCUCAUUGUCAUAAUUUGGAGACCUUUGCACAUGUUGGGGGGUCUGCUCUUCCCUUGGAAUUAUUUUGGAUCGAAUGCUGUGACAAACUUAGAUCAAUGUCAGACGUACACAUUGAUUCUCUUGCCAAGCUUCAAGACUUUUCUCUAAUUUUGGUUCCAACGUUGGAAUCAUUGCCUCAAGGUGGUUUGCCUGCUAACUUGCAAGUUGUUGUUAUUGGGGGCUGCAAUGGACUGUCUUUGAUACCAAUCCAAGACUGGGGGUUUCAACGAUUAACUUCCCUCUCGAAGUUUAGAGUUAUGGAUAAUGAAAGUGAAUGCAUUCUCCAUAAUUUACUAAAGAAUCAACUAUUACCCACUUCUCUUAUGCGUAUUGACAUAGUUUCUAUCUCCAAUCUGAAAUUGUUAGAAGGAAAAGGGCUUCAACACCUUGCUUCUCUUCAACAACUCUGUAUUUGGAACUGUAAAAACCUUGAAUCCUUGCCAGAAGAUGUGCUGCCAUCCUCUCUUUUGUUUUUGGACAUCAGAGACUCUCCAAAAUUAGUAGAGAGAUAUGAUUAUCAGAGAGGCAAACACUUGUCCAAGAUCACUCAUAUUCCCACCAUACGAAUUAAUGGUGAAUACUAUGAUCCUUGA